AUGGCCAAGAAGCGAAUCCCGCGCGAGCGCAUGCCGGCGCUGCAGAAGAGCUACGACCAGCUGAGCAUGUGGCUCAACUUCGACCACGACACCAAGCACGGCGCGCGCCAGAUGCUCGACGGCGUCUACGUGAAGCCCUUCUUCGACGAGUACCGACGCGACUACCUCGAGGCCGCCGACGGGAUCGAGGACAUCGACUGCCACGCGCUCUUCCAGCUGUGCCUGCAGAAGCACGCCUUCGCCAAGAGGAACGAGUACAGCGCCGCCCGGCCCGACAAGAAGCGAUGGACAGCUCUUGACCACGCCGCGCGCUUUCUCGUGUGCCUCCUGCAGUUCAGCUGGAAGCAUGGCGGAGAGUGGAGCCACGGCACCAUUGAUCCGGCGCACGACGAGCACGGCGAGGGCGACAACGAGUUUGCGCAGGUCUGGGCCAUCUUGCGCUACCUCCAGGCCGAGUGGGAGGCGGCGAACCUGGAUGGCUGGGACGACGACCACCUCAACGACGCAUUCGCCGAGCUCAUGUCGAGUCGGCUGUAA